AUGAGCAGGAUGAUCGAAGCCCUUGCUCAGGGCACCUCCAUCCAUCCGAAGCUUCGGCCUGGGACCCGGUCCAUGUCUGCAGCCCACAAGUACCUGUUGAAGAUCCAAAAUGUCGUUUCCAACAAGCAUUCGACGUACGAUUGUGCUUGGGAAGGAGUGCGUGUGGAAGACUCUGUGGAAGAAUGGGAAAUGGAAGCAGUGUGGGACCUCCUUGGUCAGGACAUCAAGGCAAGCGCGGAGUCCUUUCACAAGGCAGAGCAAGGCACUGCGGCCAAAGCCAAGCCUGGGAAGCAACUCCCAGGACCGCAAGUUGGGCGAACAGAGUUGUCUUUUGACUUCAGCCGAUGCCUGCUGGCUUACGACUGCGCGUAG